CAGUAUGCAUCCAACAGUGGUAGAAGGAGGUUGUACGCACGUCCCUCUUGCGGUGAGAUAAGGCGGGGAUACCAACUAACUCUGUUCCCUUUUUAUCCUUACACUCCCUUAUACCGGCAUCCUUAUAGCCUCUGGAGGAUUGAGUAGAGUGCACAGGGAGGAAUUAGUGCAAGGAUUAAAGGGAUUUUGUGAGUAGAUUCGAUUCUUUUUGUUGUUUUCUUUGGAAGUGUUUGUUGUUGUGACUUGAGGAUCACGAAGGAACACAAAGGAAGGGGAAGGAUCACAGCUACCACCACCACCACCGCCGCCGCAGCGAAGGUAUAAUACAGGAGUGGCAACAUGGCGGCGUGACGUCAGGAGACACCUUUACCUGCACCUUACCUCCAUCCCUCCACGGCGGGGCAGUGAUGGAGGGAAAUACCUCUCAUACCGAAGGAAGCCAAGGAGGAGGAGGAGGAGGAGGAGGAGGAAGAGGAAGAGGAGUGAUAAAGAGGAGAGGAAAAUGCAAGACACUAAAUAAUGGAACUAUUUGUGCACUUCCGUCUAUCACCACCACCACCACCAUCACCACUCACCACCACCACCACCACCACCAUAGUCCCUCCACCACGCCCUCAGACACGCGGUUGAGGGAGUGCAGGGGCGUGGGGCGGCAUGAGGUUGGUGUGAGGUGGGAGGAGAAGGUUAGGAUGGAGCACAGAGGAGGCAGGAUGCUGUGGCGGCCUGCUAACUUGCUCCUGUCGGCCUCCUGCUGUCUUCUGCUGUGGCUGGCGACUGCUGUGUCCGCGCAGGACUCGCGGUGUUACCUGAGUCAGGGAGGGUCCGUGGACAACUUCUUCGUGAGGGAGAGUUUACCUGUGGGCAGCCUCAUAGGCACGCUGAGGCUGGAGGGGGAUGCCAGUCAGGACGGCGAUAUUUACCUCAGGCUCAAGGAGAAGGACACGUCGGUCAGCAUCUCUCCCAACUCCAAGAACAUCACACUCACCAGGAAGCUUGAUAAGGAGGGAAAGGAAGGAGAAUCUCAAGUCACUGUCAACGUUAUUUGUGAUCGACGCGGCACCACUGACCCUAGCAUCACCAUCCCGGUCAACAUUCGCGUGACAGAUGACAAUGAUAACGCUCCAGUAUUUGUAAACAGUCCCUACUACGUCAAUGUGUCAGAGGUGACCGUGGUUGGGACCGUCAUCAUGGGAGACAUACUAGCUGAAGACGAGGAUCAGCAGGGACCUUUUUCCACUGUUCAGUACUCCAUCCAGCCUGGACCAUACUCAGACAUGUUUCGCUUCGAAUCGCCUCUCAGCGGUAACCUGGUCCUGGAGAAGCCACUGGAUUACGAGAGUCUGGGGCUCUUCAACAUCACCAUCGUGGCGCAGGACCAGGCAGCCUCGCCCCAGAGCAGCACGGCGAUCCUCACGGUGCAGGUACAGGAUGCUGACGACCAGAACCCAGCCUUCACCCGCGACCACUACAUGGCCAUCCUACCAGAGAACCCUGUCAAGGGUACUCUGGUGGACGUGCAGCCUGAAGGAGUGAAGGCCGUGGACAGGGACGAGGGCAUCAUGGCGCCGGUGUUCUAUUCCUUCAGUCGAGAAGAGGAGGAGUCAGUGUGGUUCAAUAUUGACCCUGAGAGUGGUCAGGUCAGCAUGGCUCAGGACCUACCUCCCGACAAACUCUCCCAGCCUGUCACUCUGGUGGUCAGGGCCACUCAAAAGGACAACCCAGACAGGUAUGCCCUCACCACCAUGACACUGUCCCGCCGUGGCUACUACUCCACUCAGCUGCAGUUCAUUCAGAGGGAAUAUGUGGCCACUGUGUUGGAGAAUGUUCCCAAACACAGUGUUAUUGCCCCAACUCUCAUCAAUAAGAACAUCAAUGAGGACAUCCACUUCAGCCUGGAGAGAAAUGGUGAUGGUGUGUUCCGCAUCUCACCCUCGGGACAAAUUAUUCUGGACUACGAGCUUGACUUUGAGAAGAAGCAGGAAUACAGCCUUGAAGUUUAUGUCACUGAUGGGAACUUUAAUGACACAGCAACACUCAAGGUGAAGGUCCUCAACAUCAACGACUGGGACCCUCGCUUCCGCUACCCUGAGUAUGAGUUCUAUGUGAGUUCCUCUACACUGCGGCCAGGUGACUCGGUUGGCACAGUGGAGGUGGCCGACGGGGACCUGGGGGACGUCAUCACUCUCAGCGUCAUGGGGCAGGACUCACAGAUGUUUGCUAUUGACAACAAUGGAGACCUGAGGAUCCGUGACCUGACCUCCCUCAAUUCCACCGAGGCGCACAUUGUGGUGAUGGCCAAGGAUUCUGGAGUGCCUCCCAGGAUGGCAUCAGCACCGGUCACUGUCAACUUCCCUGCUGGUGUGGUGAAACUCUCCCCGCUUGGCACCAGCUCCAGCUUCCUCCUGGUGGUCAUAUUUGGCAGCCUGCUCCUCAUCUUCAUUCUCGUCGUCAUCUGCCUUGCCAUCUAUAUCCACAAAAACAAGAAGUACCGUGAUGACAACAAUGCAGCGCUGCCCACCAAGAUGAGCCAGAUAGUGACCAAUGGAAACCUGCCUCACACCAAACUGGACCCCCUCUCCCCACUCAACCACCAGAUGCAGGGCAAUGGCAGGCAGAUGACCCCUCUGGGCAGCCCCACCUCCCCCACAGGCCUGACAGGAGUGGAGUUGCCUGCACCUGACAACAACAACGUUCACACCACAAACAACAACAAUUACAACAGUGGCACAGGCAGAACAAGCACAAUUUCAGUGCAAUCUGGGCAAUCAUCGCCACGAGAUCAUGGCUACCUCAGGAACCCACUCAGCAAUGGGUCCCUGCCAGCACCCUCCUCCUGCUCCAGCAGCCGCCUCCCCCAUGGCAGUAGUGAUGGGGCCUCCCUCAAUGGCACUGGGAGGUCGUCUUCCACUACAGCAUCGACAGCCUCAGUGGGCGGCACUCCGGAGCACACCCCGCACUCCGCCAGGUCUCACUUCAGCGAGGGUGUGAGAAGCCAGCUGGGAAUGCGGGGUGGCAGUGGAAGGAGCUUAGGGUCACUUGGAGGAAGUGGUGGAUCCCUUAAAAAUGGGUCUCCAGUGGGAUCAGCACGGGCAUUAGGUGGGUUGCCUUCCAGAAAUCGGGUCAGUCCUGCACCCAUGCCCCCAACCCCAGCCAACACCCCCUACCCUGACCCUCCCUCCUCCCCUGAAAUUCACAACUCUCCUGUGGGAGGUCCCAUGGGCAGCAAAGUGUUGUGGCCAAGUGGGUCAAUUCCCAAACGAGUCAAGAAGUUGUCGUGGGAGGACGAACUUAGUACUAAGACGGAGCUGGACCCAGAAGUGAGUGUGACUCCAAUGCCUCACUCUGCAUCCUCCUCCCACACUCCUAAACUCACUGUCUACUUCUAAGUGUGUGUGUAUAUGUGUGUGUAUGGGAGUGUUGUAAUUAAUCUUUAGCAACAGAACUGUAUAGAUGUGGAAGGCAGUGCGCAAGUAACAGUCCCAGUGCCUACUUGAGGUGGGACUGCUAGGUGAUCAUCUGUAUGGCUUAACUAUGAGGUACUGGGAACCUUUUGGAGGAGUUGGGUCUCACUGUGUGCCUUGCUAAGUAUUUCACUUGUUGAAUGUGUCCGUUGGUGUUUGAACUGUACCAAGGGUGACUGUACAUCACUGGUUGCAUGCAGCACCCUUGAUGCAGCAGAGAGUUUGGAGUCAGAGGGCAGAUCACUGUUAGUGCUGCAAGGAUCAGCUGUAAUGGCUGUUACACAUGAACUAGUGGAGGGGAUACCAGUGGUGGUGUUGAGAGGUCUGGCCGGAGAUCUGGGCAAGACGAGAGAUUGGAGCACAAGAGGAGGCAAAACAGUGCUCACUGUUCUACUUGGGGUGGCAGGGAUAAUGAGGUUGGAGAGCUGAGAUGCAUAAGGAACACAGUUAAUAGUCGUGUUCAAAGGACUGGAUGUUGUGUUGCCAGAAGCAGUGGUAAUGGUAAGUGGGCCAGCAGCUGCACUGGUUGGAAGAAUGGAAUGCCUCUCAUCCAUAUCUCUUAUUAUCUGAUUUGCUAGGGAGGAGAGCAGUAGAGAAGUGGGUACUGUGGUGCUGGGGGUGGUAUUCAGUACUGUGGUGAUAGGGGUGGGGUCCAGCACUGUAGUGGUGGGGAUGGUGUCCAGUACUGUGGUGGUGGUGGUGGUCGCGGUGGUGUUCAGACUUCUCUCACCCUGCGUGUUUUGUGGGUGGUGGCCUUGUAUAGGCUUGGGUGAGGUGCUGAUUGGCUGGGGCAGUGAAGUAAUGCUGGUGACCUAGGGACAGGUAUUUCCUACACACUGGUGUUGUGGUAGAACUGGUAGAAAGGAUGUACUGACACUUGACAUCAAGCUGGAUUUUCUGAAGCUAGUGUGUAUAGAGAAAAAAGAAAAGAUUGAGUGUACGUUUACAUUGGAUUUUUUCAGAGUUCUGUCCAAAGCAUCUUUUAUACCUCCUUUUAAAGUGGCCAAGGAAAAGCUUAUUAUUAUCUCAACACAUACAUAAAUGUAAUCCGUUGUCAAUAUUUAUGAUGUUAUACAUUUGGUAAUAUUGUACUAUUUGUAAUUGCACAGUAUGUGACUGCUGCUUCAGUUGCAGGAUGUUGAGCAUUCAGGAAAUAUUACACAUAUAGUAUUGAAAAUAUCUCAAGGCCAUUUGAAAAGGUCAUAUUUUCAUUAAGAUAUAAAAAUGACUAUGUAUUUAUAUGCUCAUAAUUACACUCAAGAAAUUGAUAAGAGAGAAGAGAAGGUAAAGUAAUUUCACACAAGAAAUUGAAGAGAAAAGACUUGGGAUAAAGGAAGGAUUAUUGAGUGUGAAGUUCUGUUUUAGUGAGGAGAUCUCAGGAGCCAGCCAUGGUGUUCCUCUGUGUGUAUGGUGUCUGAGUGCAGCAGUGUCAUGUGUCCCUUGCUGAUGACAGCUUCAGCAUAGCAACAUUUCCUCCCUGGAUGACGUCUACAAACAAUAGUAAUGAAUGAGAGCUUUACUCUGAGAUGACGCUUUAUUCUUUUUAUUACCAUGGUUCUUCCCAGGAACACUUUACCUAUCAGACUUGAUGAAGACUUACAGUACAUGCACACAGACUUGGGUAUUGUUACUUGUUGCCUGCUGCAAUUGUGGUAGUGGAAAACCCCUUCAGUAGUGCUAAAAGAUGCUUGAGAAGGAAAAGACUCAGCCGGCUUGAUGUGCGUGUGUUUGUGGCAGAGUGAACGCCUGCCAUCCCAUUUCAUCGAAAUGUGUGCGUGCAUAAAAAUUAGCCUAUGUUUCCUGCUGCAGAAGCACAUUCUGUCUAUAUGAUGACAGUGUUACUGUGAGUGUGUGUUUGCAUGUGUUUAGAAGUGACAUAUCUCAUAUCUACUACUUGUGAUAUAUUUUACAGAGAUGGAAGGAACUAUAGCUACAGUGUGGUGAUAUAACUUUCCACUUUAUUUGUACUUUAGAGACACUGUGAAUUGUUUGUGUGAUGAAUGUGGUAAAAAAAAUAUGGUCAAAUGCAGGUGUUUCAGUCAGUAGCUUUACUUGAGGACAUCAAAAUGUAACCCAUAUUUCUAAACUAAUGCACUCCUGCCUAGUCGCAGAGUUAUUAUUGCUGCUGAUUGAUACAUUGAGCAGAGAGGAGGCAGUUUGGACACACCAGUGGACAUGUGGAUGGGACAAAAUUCAUGUACCAGAUCACAAAAUGCUACACAAGUAUGUACUCUGGAUCACAAAGUUGUUUAUAUUUCGUUACUGAUGUAAUCUUGGUGUGUGUGUGUGUGUGUGUGUGUGUGUGUGUGUGUGUGUGUGUGUGUGUGUGUGUGUGUGUGUGUGUG